CGGCGGCGCCGCAGCCGGCAGCAUCGCGGCGGGACUGCCCGGGGAUGCAGCCGCGCUAAGAACAAAAGCCCUCAGCGCGCUCUCGCUCCGGGGCUUUGAAGCGGCGCGGUCGAACUUGGAUCUCUGCUCCCCUCGGCCGAGCCGCGGCGGCGUCCGGGGCUGAACUCGCCGGCGCCUUUUCCCCGCACGCCGCGGGCAGCCGGGGCUCGCCGCCCGCCGCCCUCGCCCGCCCGUCCCGCCGGGGCUGCCCGCGGAGGGGGCCGCACCCCGCGCCCCCCCGGCCGCCCCCGAGCCGCGGGACCUUGGCUUUGCCCUUCGCACGGCAGGUGGCGGGGCCAGCGGAGAAGGAUGCGUGUCUUCCCGUGGGGAUUUUGGCUGCUGUGUGUCGCCUCCGCCCCGGCUCGCGGUGACAGCGGCAGCAAGGCGAGGAGCUGCGCCGAGGUCCGGCAGCUGUAUGGAGCCAAGGGCUUCAGCCUCAGCGGCGUGCCCCAGGCCGAGAUCUCCGGGGAGCACCUGCGAAUCUGCCCACAAGGCUACACCUGCUGCACCAGCGAGAUGGAGGAGAACUUUGCAAACAAAAGCCGAAGUGAAUUUGAAGCCAUGAUGAAAGAGGCUGGUCGCUCUGUGCAGGCCAUCCUAACAGCACAGCACAGAAGCUUUGACAGUUAUUUCCAGGAUUUGUUGAACAAGUCAGAGAAGGCCCUUUAUGAUGCCUUUCCAAGCCUGUACGGAGAAUUGUACACUCAAAACGUGAAGGUGUUCAAGGACUUGUACAGCGAGCUGCGCCGCUACUACCGCAGCUCCAACAUCAACCUGGAAGAGGCCCUCAAUGAGUUCUGGACACGGCUGCUGGAGAGGCUCUUCAAGCUGCUGAACCCCCAGUACCACAUCACGGACGAGUACCUGGACUGCAUGGUCAAACACGCCGAGCAGCACAAGCCCUUCGGGGAGGUGCCCAGGGACCUGAAGGUGAAGGCAACCCGAGCCUUCAUCGCGGCGCGCUCCUACGCACAGGGCUUCCUGGUGGGGAGCGACGUGGUCAAAAAGGUGUCUCAGGUGUCCCUCAGCCACGAGUGCACGCGUGCCAUCAUGAAGCUGAUGUACUGCCCGCACUGCCGGGGCAUGGCCAGCGUGAAGCCGUGCAACAACUACUGCCUGAACGUCAUCAAGGGCUGCCUGGCCAACCAGGCCGACCUCAGCACCGAGUGGAAGUACCUGAUGGAUUCCCUGAUGGGGGUGGCCGAUCGCAUCGACGGGCCCUACAACGUGGACACUGUGAUAGGCACCAUCCACAUGAGGAUCGCUGAAGCCAUCUCUAACCUGCAGGAGAACAAAGAUUCCAUCACGAGCAAGGUAUUCCAAGGUUGUGGAAAUCCCAAAAUCAGCACAAGAGGCUCCAGUAGUGAGGACAAGAAGAGACGGGGGAAGGUGACAUUGGAAGCCAAAUCCUCAGCACAGGCACUGGAGAUGCUGGUUUUAGAUGCCAAAGGGAAUCUGACAGCUCUCAAGACAUACUGGAUCACCCUGCCCAGCAGCCUGUGCAGCAAAAAAGUAAUGGCCAGCUCAGCAUCAGAUGACAAAUGUUGGAAUGGGAUGACCAAGGGCAGUUACCUGCCCGAAGUGAUGGGGGAUGGCUUGGCUAACCAGAUUAACAACCCAGAGGUGGAGGUGGACAUCACCAAGCCAGAUAUGACCAUUCGCCAGCAAAUCAUGCAGCUCAAGAUCAUGACAAACCGCCUGGGCAACGCUAACAUCGGCAACGAUGUGGAUUUCCAGGACACGAGUGACGACAUGAGCGGCUCGGGGAGCGGGGAUAGCUGUCCUGAUGACGUCUGUGGCAAAAGACUUUCUAAGAGCCCCAGCACCAGGCAGCCAGAAACACACGCUAUUCCUAAGCAGUCUGGACACGGCAUCAAUGGGGCCAGCAGCAGAUCUUUGCCUUCUGCCUCCCUCCUCCUCCUCCUCUCGGUGGCUGUCAUCGCCGCACAGCACUUGUGGCGGUAACUCACUGGCACAGCCAGGAAACAGACUGCGGCUGAGGGCUUCACUUUGCCAAAACCAACCAACCAACCAACCAACCAACGGACAUAUUUAAUUCACCUUGGCAAAAAAAAAAAAAAAAAAAAGAAAAAAAAAAGAGGAGAAAAAGGUUUUCAGAAGGUUUCAGUUGUUUGCUAUUUCUGGCAGUGCUCGAGCUGUUUUCUUCUUUCUAGGUCUUUCCCCAAUGCUGGGCCCUUCUUUCCAUACCUCAUUGUUUUACUUUUGUUAUUGCCACAAACUGGCUCUUGGGGCUGAAACGAGCCUUUGCAGAGGGCUCCAGGGGAACUCGGCCGAGCCCUCGGAGGGCAGCGGUGCUGCUGCCUCCAGUGGAAUAUGCAAUUGCCCUGCCCUGUUCCCCGGUGCGGGCCGGAGCCACAGCCAGUGCCGCGGGCAGCGCCGGCUCCCGCGCGGACAGACCGGGAUCCUCGCACGGCUCCCGUGCUGCGUUCAGGGGCUCUUUGGGUUCUUCCUCUGUGCUUCCUAGCUGGGCAGAGACGGCCCUUCACUUCCAGUGGUGUACGUAGGAGCCUGAGCAGGUUUGGUGGGUUGAACUGAAAGAGUUUGGCAGUGACUGUUGGACCCAAAAAUGCAGAACUCGCUUUUUCUUUGGAAAGGUCACAAGUGGGUUUCUUGACUAGAGCUCGUAGCUGAUGACAAUUUGAAAUGUAGGUUUCCUACAUCUACGUGACUGGGAAUGAGUGUUAGGGGUUGGGGUUUGGGGUACUUUUUCUUUGCAUGCUAGUUGGAAAGCCAUUUUCUACCCAAGUAACAGUGGUCCAAUUUCUACCUGCAGUGCAGUACCAUUGUAGGUAACAGAGAGAUGCAAAUAUGCACAGUGCGAUUCUCUGUGUGACAGGCAGUUGUGCUGCCUCCUCCUUCUCUGGCCCCAGCCAUAGACAGGAAUCCAGUUUUUUUUCUUGGUAAUAAGAGAGACCAGGGACAUUUUCUAACUGGAGCUUUGGGACUGAUUGUGCCCCUUCAGGGGCUGGUGGGGAUCACCAUGAGCCCUACCCAGAGCACUGGCUCAAGGCAGCACCCACCAGGGGGGAAUGUGAGAAUGGGAAACAUUUUGUUUGGGAUUUCUUUUUACCUUUGGUGUUUGUUUCAGUUGUACUUUAGGUUUUUAAUGGAUUCCCACUUUCCCUCUUCCUUCCCAAUCAUCCAAUUCACCCUCCCUAACCCCUGCAGGCAAGGGCUGAGCCCAUGGGUCAGACACCACUGGCAGAUUUGUUUUGGCUCAGGGGAGGGCCAGGCUCACCCUUUGCUGCCGCAUCCCACCACUCGCCAGUGGGUGAUGUGGGCAGCUGCCCUAACCCCAAAUUGCUCGGUGGGGUGGGCUCUGUGCCAGGUUUUGAGACUGGGGGUGGUGAGUGAAGUUAUAAAUGACCUCAUGUAGCUGUAGGAGUGUCUGUGCUUGUUAGGGCUGUGUGUUUGGGGCUUCCAGAGGCUUCCAUGCCUCAUGAGCAGCAAGCAUGGGCUGGAGCUGUGGGUGUAGCAGAUGCUGGAUACAACACAGUCCCUGUGACUGCUUGGGCCAGGAGCACACACAGGUUGGGUUUGAGCUUCAGACGGGUUUGUAUUGGGGUGAGAGGGAGGGCAGAGCUGGGCUGUCUCUUGCUUUUGCCAGCAUUUGAGCAUUUCUGCUCUGUCUUGCCAGAGGAGAUGUGCCUUUGGGCUGUGCAAACAUUAUGGGAUUGGGGUUUGGUUGUCCUCUAAGACAGGGGAAAAAAACCCUCAUUUUGAACAUGCAGUUUCUGAAGGGUGCAAUUUAAGGAAAGAGGAGGACGUGAGCAAGGUAGUGCUGAAAGCCAGUUGGUUCCCUGCCCUCCCUGGGGCACAGUGGUGGCACUGAGGGUGCCUCAAACUAGGCAGAGAUUUUAGGCCAGCUUUGACCAGCCUCUCCAAGUCACAGUGAUUAAUGUCACUGACUGUGCAUCCUUUCUGCCUUGGCCUCACCUUCCUGAAAGGCAAAAUCACACCUGAUCUGGUCCGGUGUCAGAAAUGAACACUGGGGUGUUGGGCAGUGGCUGAAGGACAGACAGUGCCACUACACCCAUCAGAACCCUGCAGAGGAUAAAUGUGGUUUUGUCUAGAUUUAUUUACUCCUAGACAUACGGCAACUUCACAUGAUUUUUACUGCUCUAAAGAGUUCCUGUCUUUUCUUUUUAACUUUUUUAAUCAGAAUUGCAAAUACAAAUUUAACUUUCAGUUACAACAAUCCCCACAACCAAUCCUGCAGAAGCUUUACAUCCAAAGUGAGAAAAAAAAAAAAAAAAGCUGGGGGGAGGGAAGAAGAAUGAAAACACUGUAUCCUCAUCAAAACACAGUUGGGUUGGGGUUUUAACACAUGGAUGCUGAGGUCAAUGUUUUGCUUUGCAGAAUGGGAGCUUGAAAGUCACUUCCAUUUCUGUGCAAUUAGUUUUUGCUGUCUGCCUGUUAUCCUCAAAAGCUCCUUAUGGGCCCCUUCACAUCUUAAAUGUGAAGCCAGGAAUUUACUGAUUAUCCAGUUAGUAUUUUAACAAUUUAAUAGUCCAAACUAGUGGUUCUGCUCCAAGAAAAAAAAACCUGAUAGUGCAAAUUAAUAAGCAAAACCUCAAAGAAACAGUAAAAUCUGUUAUGCAGGGGAAACCCUUCCUGAAGCCUUCACCUCUGGGCUGGGCUUGAGCUCCCACUUCCACAUCCCUCCUGACCCUGAGGGUGGCAGCUCCCACUUCCAGAAGCCAGGCCAGGGAGAGAGCAGGACAGCAGCCAGAGGUGGGGGCAGUGCAGGGGGCUCAGCCCCCUCUGUGCCCAGCAGUGCUCAGUGGUGCUGGUGGCCCUGCAUCCUCUGGGGUUGAUUUUUAUAUCUGCCCGUGGUCAGCCUACGCUGCUGCUUUUUGUUGGUCCCUGGUUACUCAGUUUUUCUGUUCUCCCUUGCCCUGAAGUUGUUUCCUCAGCUGCUGCCAUUAAGUGGCCUGUGGUUGUGCUUGGCCGUGCCACCUUCCCCAGGAGCUGAAACAGCCAAAAGCCCCCAGGAUAUUAACUCUAAACUAAAGGAAACUGUAAUUACUGCUGACUAAACAACCACUGGUGGCUGAACAAGCUGAAAUCAACCCAGGUCCAGACAAGUCCCGAGCCUGUGGUCGGGCUGGUGCAGAACCUGGGGCCUUUCAGUGCUUAUAAAUGACAUUUCCUGGGCUGCUGCCUGCUGGAAAACACUGUGACACACCUCCCCGUGGCUGGUGGCUGCAUGAGGGGAUCUCUGAGGAACUGGGCUGGCUGGGGAGAAACAUCUGCUUCCAUGUUAUCAAGAUGGUGAUCCAUGGUGUUCUGGUGUGAAAAGGCCUCAUACUUGACAGGGGUGUGGAGGGGGAAGUGGUGUAGGAAAAAAAUAUUUACAAAGGCCCCGUCCCUGGGAAGGGAGAACCGUAAAUGGUGGAUUUCCAAGUGUCUCUGUCUUUCAGCCUGCUCUUUGUGCCAUAAUGUGUGUUUUAAACAAUGGUGAGGGUCUCAAAAGGCUUUGAGAGCACAGCUACUCCUCAUUUACAAAUGACAAGCUGCCUGUUGUUUUCUGGUGGGCUUGGUAGGGGCUAAGGUAUAGCAGGAUAUCUAAAGUCCACCUUUGCUUUAAACAGAUGCAUUUCUAUCUGCAGGAGUAAGAAUUAUUUCACUUAUCAGCAUAGCUGGACAGUUAUCUAUUUCUUUCUGUUACCAAGGUACUUGUAACUCUCUUGCACUGUUUAUCUAAAGUUGAAAUAUGUUCUUUGAAUCCUUGUAUAAAUAAAAAGGCUGGAGACAAAUCUGUAUUUACAGGGCAAUUAUUUCUUCUCCAUUUAAGCCAAGUCUGGCAUUUUCUUUCUUUUUCACUUGUUAAGGCACAGAUAAAGGCCAGGUCAGGAGCCCUGAGGAAUGAAACCAUGUUUCAGCCACAAGUGUGUCAUGGGCUGAUGGCAGCGUUGCAGUAGGGAUUUGUGUUCCUGUACCGUUCAGAGCAGCAGCUGCUGGGUUCUGUGUGUUUGUGGGAACAAGGUGAGCCUGGCUUGAGACAUCAAAGCGAGGAUCCUAAGUUGUCUCUUUCUCAUCUAGAAGCACAGAAAGUCAUGGCAUAACAGUGCAAAAAAUCAGAAAUGCCCUUGGUAUUCAUCUUUACAAAGUGUUGUGGUAAUUACAGACCAUGGCUUUGCACCAGUGCUCACAGCAAGCAAAGCAGCGAGGGGAUGUGUGUUUGUGGGAACUCCAGCAUGUGCUUGAGACUGGACUGGUGCAGCACAAAGGUUUGUGCUUCAGCUCCAUCCACUUCCAGAAGUGGGUGAAUGCAGCUGUCAAGGUGACAUGUUGGAAUCUGCUCAUGAAAUGUCUGAGACUUGGUAAUUGAAAACUAUUAAAAGUGUAUCCUUCUGCCUGGAAGCAAAUAUCAGCUACAUUUAAUAAACUGACUGAUACCCUUAA